AUGACGAUGAAUCUACAACUUCAGAAAAGAAACAAAGAAGAAAAAACUGAGCUGACAGAAAAGUUUCAGGCUGCUGAAAACGAGCUGAAGGUAAAGGUCUCGGAGCUGUCAGCUGAUCUGCAGGUUUAUAACGAGCUGAAGAGACGAGUCCAAGAAUCCACGUUUAAGAAAGAUCUGAAGAGGAAUAUACAGGCCCACGGCAGCCCCGGUGCAUUCUGGGAGUCUGAGCAGGAGUCUCUGCUGUUCGUCAUCGAGAUGAAGUCUGAGCGCGUGCAGGAGCAGAACAGGAAGCUGCAGCAGAUGGACGCGCUGGUGGAGAAGAAUCUGUCUCUGGAGGAUCAGAUCAUUAACAUCUUGCAGCAGAACGAAGAUCUGGGAGUCAGAAUAGAAAACUGUCAAAGUCUCAUUCAGCAGCUGUCGAAGGAGCAGCAGGACCUCAAGGCUGCGCUGGAGAGGCAGGUUAUAGUGAACCAGAAGCUUUCUCAGGAAAAAGAGCAGCUGAUGUUUAAGCUGAGACACAGAGACUCGAGCCGCGGCCCGACCAUCCACAUCGCAGCCAUGGUGCCUGAGAUCGCUCCCAGAUGAUCCCAGCGCACAAACCGGACUGUUUCAUUCACUCUGCUGCUCCGGGAUCAGAUUUAAGGGCUUUAAAACCUGGAUCCUGUCACAUGACCCCCCCCCCCCCCUCCUAAAUAACAGGGGGGGGACCAGAGAACGACCACAUGAUCAAACCUCUGAGGACUCUUAGCGACUGAUCUGAUGUGU